AUGACUACUUGGGCACGACAAUCAGCAGUGUUUGUAUCAAAAGUAACCGAUCCUUGGAUCAACUUGGCAUUUGAAGAUUGGUUAUUUAAUACACAAAAGCAAUUCAAAUAUCAGCUCAUGCUGUAUCGUAAUGUUUCUAGUGUCAUUGUUGGCCGGAAUCAGUUGUAUACGCUAACUAUUAUUACUAAGAAUCCAUGGAGAGAAUGUAGCGUUUUGGCACUUGAUCGAGACAAUAUACCGAUUAUACGGCGUAAAAGUGGUGGAGGCACGGAUAUGGGAAAUACAAACUACUCCAUCAUGAUGCCUAGAGAUGAGUUUGAUCGUAAACGAAAUGCUCAUCUUGUAUCUCGUGCAUUGCAUCAAAUGGAUGUUCCAAGUCAAGUGAAUGCUCGACACGACAUUGUUAUUGGUGAUCGCAAAGUAUCCGGUUCUGCAUUCAAGUUGGUCAACCAUAGGGCAUACCAUCACGGUACAAUGUUGAUAAGCACAGAUAUUUCUAAACUAGGAGCAUAUCUAAAAGGACCAGAACAGGGUCAGAUUGUGGGUCGUGGUGUCGAGAGUGUCAAGUCGCAAGUAACAUCAUUAUUGAAUCACUCCUACACGGCAGACCACGAUGGGUUCUGCAAAUGUGUUGCACAGGAGUUUGAAAUGGAGUAUUCUGAAAAUCCCAUUCCUGCGACUUUUUUAACAAUGGAUGAUUUUCAUGCAUCUAAAGAAGUGCAAGACAUUUACCACACUCUCAAAAGUUGGGAAUGGACAUUUGGCGAAACAUCGCAGUUUGUUCACACAAUACCAUCUGGCCAGGCUGAAAAAAACAUUGCCAUAACAGUACUAGAAGGGAUCAUAACAGAUGUUCAAUUAAUUCACAGAGCCUCCUCUGACCCACAUGCUGAUUCUAGAACAGCGCAAUGGAUCGGAAAGAGAUACGAUGCAAACAUGCCUCUGUGUAUUCAACAAAGUCUUUUCUAG